GCAUUUUUUCAACGGAAAGGUGUUGCUGCCGAAAACAGCAAUCGAUCUAAGAAGUCAAAUUUAAGUCAGCUGUGAUGUGAGUGGAUUUAAAUGAUGCAGUGUGAUUAAAAAAAAAACAACUCAAAGUGUGUAUUUUCGGGUAUAUAGAUAUAAAAUCUAUUAAACAAAACUGUAAUGAAAAUCGCAGUGUUCUCAGUGCAUUUUUUCCUCCCACAAUACUCAAUUCAAACAUUCUGUUGUGCAGCAAGUGUUGCUUUUGUUGAAUAAAACCAAACCUUUUACAGGAGCUCAAAGUCAUUACGUCAUCAUCUUUGUACUGAACGCUUAUAAGGAGUGAGAAGGCGUUCUUCAUCAUGUCCUGGAAGACUGUCAACAGCAGAUUCUGGGAAAAAGGUGAAUAUCAUGGGUGUGUGUGUUUGCGGCCCACCAGUGUGUGCGGCGAGUUUUGCCUGUUGGUGUUCGACCAUCUUUAAAAAGCUCUGUGUCUGGCUGAAUAGAAGGAAGUGGCUCUGACUUCCCCAGGAAAUGAGGAGCGGAAACCCAGGGGCUUCGACCCCUCUGGCUGGAACCACAAGACGACUCACAGCAGAGAAAGAGAGAGAGAGAGAGAGCAGGGGAAGGAGGGAAGGGUCGAGGGUAGACGGAAAGAGAGACGUACUGCCUCUCCUUGUGCUCCCUCUGACUGGGAAGAAGAACACGUUGGGAAGAAAGAAAGGAGUCAGGAACAGACUGGACGUGAUACGGAAAGAUAUUUAGUCCUCGGUUUUGGUUUUCGCACUUUGUGUGGAGAUGAAUCUUCUCCUCGGAGCUCUGAGUGCUCUGUUCUGCUGCCCGUUGUCCUCCUCACACACGCUGGAUCCUGCUGGGAAGAACGUCUGCCCCAGUAUCAGGGACCCCUCCGCCCUAGUCUGUUGCACAGGAUGGCGUCAAGAGGGAACAGAAUGCACCAUACCUGUGUGUGAGGGUGAGCAGGCCUGCCUUAAGGAUGAGAUCUGUGUGUAUCCUGGAGUGUGUCGCUGCCCAGCUGGCUACUACGGCGCUCACUGUAAAACACGCUGUCCUCCUGAGUUCUGGGCUCCAGACUGUCGGCAGGUGUGUCAGUGCUACCCAAACGGCCGCUGCCACCCCGUCACUGGUGAGUGCACCUGCAUCACCAACCGCUGGGGUCCACUGUGCCAGAACACCUGCAAGUGCACACGACACGGCCACUGCCAUCCCGUCCACGGGAACUGCACCUGCGACGAGGGCUGGUGGACCCCAACCUGCUCCAAGCCGUGCCAGUGCACCAGCGGGUUAUCUGCGGGCCCUGGCUGCGACCAGCUAACAGGCCGGUGUCAGUGCCUCAGGGGCCACUGGGGACUGAAAUGUUCAGCCAGCUGCAACUGCUACCUGUCGCCGUGUAACCCACGCACCGGGAUGUGUGAGUGCAACCCAGGCUGGUGGGGACCCAGCUGUGACCGGCGAUGUAACUGUGACCUCGCACACAGCAGCUGUGACCCGGCCAGUGGGCAGUGCCUGUGUCACCCGGGGUACCAGGGUCCCUUCUGCAACCAGCCCUGUGAAGCUGGGAAGUAUGGCAGCGGUUGUAAAAUAAGUUGUGGUUUCUGUAAAGGCAACCAGCUCUGCUCUGCCACCGAUGGUGCCUGUGACGCCUGUGAGCCCGGCUGGCACGGCAUGCAGUGCGACCGCCCGUGCCCAUCUGAUUAUUAUGGAGAUGGCUGCCAGAAGAAGUGCCCACGUUGCAGAAGUAAUGAACCCUGUGACCCAAGAACUGGGAAAUGUUGGAGGUGUGACCCUGGAUGGGCUGGACCCAGGUGUGAGGACGCCUGCUCUAACGGGACGUUUGGAGACUCCUGCAGUCUCCUAUGUGGCUCUUGUUUCCACGGUAACUGCCAUCACGUGACAGGAAGAUGUGUCUGUCAGCCAGGCUUUCAUGGAGAGAGCUGUAACAGCAGCUGUCCUGCCCUGCAGUACGGUGCCAACUGUUCCUCUAUCUGUGACUGUGGUGAGGGGGUCCAGUGCAACCCGGUCACUGGUGUUUGUCCCAGCAGUGUCAGAGGGUCUGUACUAGCAGGUGUUCUGGUUCCUUUGCUCCUGUUGCUCCUUGCUGUGAUCUGCUGCUGUUUGUGCUGCGGAGGAGGUCCUGUUGAUGACAAGGACAGGGCAACUCUGGCUGAUGGAAGCUGGUCAGUUCGGAUGAAGUAUCAUGUCUACAGCGUGCUGGCUAAUAUCGGUGCUGCGCUCCCCUGUAUCUCUAACUGGUCCUCUGGCCUGCCUCGUGUCACUGUAUCUCACCAUGACCCGGAGCUGACGUUCAACCACAGCUUCAUUGAGCCUCCUUCCUCCGGCUGGGUGACCGAGGGUUCGUCCUUUGACAGCGACGAGGAGGAAGGGGAGGCGCUCUAUUGUGUCCCUCCAAGAGAAGACAUCGAAGCGGUGGCGGGUGGCGAGUUCCAAGAGAUGAGCUCAAAGUGUAACAUGUUCCUCGACCCAACUGGCUUCAGCAGUGAAGACAUCACCUCUCCCUUCAGCAUCCCUCGUACCUCCAGCAUCGCCAAGUCCAAGCGGCCGUCUGUUUCCUUUGCCGAGGGAACUCGCUUCAGCCCCAAGGAGAGGCGUGGCUCUGCUCAGGACCCUGGUGCUCUCCAAGGACACCUGCGCAACAAACCCAAGUCACCCUGGGGGGUUUUGAUGCUGUCUUCCCUCCAAAGUCAGGGAGGUGCAGCUAGAACUGGCGAGGAAGAUGGAGCUGAGGGUGAAGAGAAGGAAGAUGAAGUGGAUGUGCAGACGACAGACAAUCAGGAAUCAAGCUACGAGGUAGGGGACCAGGAAAUAGACAGAACCCAGUCCCGUGCCACCCUGCAGGUCCCUGGGGCAUUAGGACGAAGGCAUACUAUGUCUAACACAGCUGCUCAAAAGGGGACCCAGCUGCUAACAUCUACAAAUGAUGCUCAGGCAGCGGUCUCAGAUAAGGUCACCACAGUGUACGUGACGGUGGGUAAGGCAGGUAGGCCCAUGUCAAAGGCUGAGUCGAGCUCCGAAGGCCCUGUUCAGGCCAUGCUGCGACGACUCGGCAGCCUCCAGAGGCAAAGGGAGCAGGAGUCUGGCCGGCCCAAACCUAAGGCCACUGAAGGGAUGACCAAACCACCCAGGAAGAAGCUUGGUGCUCGGGUGAGUGUAUGGGAGCAAGGAGGGCCGUCUGGAGGGGAGGUAGGCAUAUGUAAGCCAAUCAGGAGAAAGCUUGCUUCGCUCAACUCCCCUGACACAGCUGGUGCUGGUGACACUCCUUCAUUAGAGAGCGGCACUCCCAAAAGGCCGCUUUCGUCUAUUUUGCAGAGCGUGCCAGAGGGGGCUUCAGCUGACUCAGGGUCAGAUCUGAGGGCUGAGGGAGAGACGGGACAGGGUGAUGGCCCCACCGAGGGAAAAACUGAGAGCAACUACCUGACUGUGGGUCCAGCAGGAGAUGCUGCGAGUCUCACUGAGGUCAUCGCCAAUGAGGGUGCAGAGCCCUGCUAUGAAAACAUCAUGAUUAAACACUCAUAAUCUCUGAGAGAGGAAUGUAUCAGCAGGUCUGAUCCAAACACAACUGGUUACAGGCACAAAGGGAAAAACUUUGACACUAAAAUCUCUAAAUGUGAGUAAAUAACAGGUCUGUGAUUCUUGAAUUAUGUUAUUUGUUACACACAGUUUUGUGCACAUGUAUGCAGCAUGUGUGAAAUAUCUGAACUUUUAGCCUAAAUUCUACCUUAUGUAGACGAAAUGUAUAUUUUAGGUUGAAAAAUAAAUGAAAAUACUGAAAGAAAAAAAAAACACUACAGAAUACCAAGUGUAAUAUUUGGGUAUUUUCUCCUAACAAUACCACCUGUUACAUGUUUUUUAUGAGCAUGAAUAUUCAGACUAUUGAGCAAUAAUUGUUUUUAUUUGCUUCAGUGAUGUAUGUUGUAUUAACUGACAAGUACUGUAAUACCUGUACCUUGACUCAGGAGAUAAAGGGACAUGAAGACAGGAACAUUUGGGUUGUUCCAAGAAGACAAGAGGAAACCAUAACAAAAAUAUCACAGUAUGUCACCGUGAAGUUUGCUCUAAAUUCAAGCAAAAACGGAUUUUAAGCAUGAGAAUAAGAUGUUUUUAUUUACUGUGGAUGGAAAUACAAGUAAGAACAGACAGUUGUGAAUAUGCAAUCAUGUAUGACACACUGUGAAUCUCUACGCAGUACAUCCUCCAGGCAUUUGUCAAAAGCUGCUAAAAGUCAAGGUAAAUUGCUUUGUUGGUAUUGUAAUUCCACUUUGCCCUCUGAAACCAGUCAGUAAAUGUUAUAAAACUCAGGCUGUAAGAAUGUUUUUACAGCCUUGGGGCGUGAACUCGCCUGUCACUGCCUUCUGACCUCUGCUGUGAAAGUCACAUAAUGCUGCUGUUGGGUAAAACCCACGUUACUACAAUUUAGGGAUUUUUCUUUUCAUUACUCAAGGAAAAAUCUGUGUGACUGUAUGUUAAGAUUAUAAGAUUACGUCAUGGGUGAUUCACUGUGUAUACAUGUUCACAAUGUUAAUAAUGAAAAUAAACUAUUUGAAAUGUGUAGAUACGUGAUUUAGAUAACAUCACUGAAUUAUUGUCUGUGGGUCUGAAGGCAUGCAAUGCAGUGUGUUUUAAGCAAAACUAACAAAACAUACUCAAAAGUCCAGCUUUCAAAAUCAGUAUAAGUGUAUUACCAACAAAAUUACAAAUUAAGCACACUCAUGGUGUAAAUGUUUUUGUAUUACAUUUACUCUAACAAUGCAUCAUAGUUUAUAAGUUGACCAUAUGCAUUGUGUUUAAAAUCAUAAAGUAA